AGGUAUACCAUUAUGAUUGAAAAGCUGAAUGAAAACACCAAUGAAGUGAAUGGAUUAGAAACCACGCAUGGCUACUUUAAGUUGGACGAAAAAUCCCAAACAAAACUCGAUCUGAGAUAUUAUGAAAAAGCUCGUGUCAAGUGGUUGUACUUCACUGCUAUGAAACCCAAGAAUCCUCAACACAGGGCGUGGCUCAACGCCAUCCGGGGACCAGCAUUUGGCCAGCCCCGUCUCCAUGGUAAGAUUAUUAACUGUUCUUUUCCACCGUAAGCAAACAAUAUGUACCCUCCUCAGCUACUGCGAAUAAUACAUGUAGUCUGUAUGGCAGCCAAGAACGCCAACGGCAGAAAACAAGCUUUUGUAUCCGAGAAAAGGCAUACAUAGAUUAACAUUAGAUGCCUGCUGCUUAGAUACUGCUGCAAUAGUAAGUGAAUUCACAUAAAAGACCCAAAACGACAUCUAACAUCUUAACAGUUGGCGUACAGUUAUGUUGUAAACAACGUAGCGGUUUGAAAAGUUACGCGUUCUAUAGCAUGCUCAAAAGGAUAUCGUAUACAAUUUCCGCUUGUCACAGAGCAAAAUGUGUGUUUUAUCGCCACGUAUUCGUUCACGUUCCGUUCUAUUUAUCAAGAAAACAAACAUCCAAACCGCAUGCGGAGUAAACAAUGGAAACGAAACUGAAGGGAAUUUCCUCACUUUCUUCAUGCCUUUCCACACCUGUGCAAACACUAUACCUACAGUUGUUUAAAUAUAUAGAACAAAUGACUGAGCAUCCAAAUGAAACAUUCAUCCACGGGAACAAAUUUCAUUUGAUGGUUGAUCCCUUUAAAUUAGAAAACAUAUUCCCUUACUGUAGGUAUAUCUUCCUGAAUUAAUUUUCCUUUUGCAUGAAACUAUGCUAGCAGAAAGUUGUCAUUAUUCUCUUAGUAAAACACUAUCAUCAAUAUUCUUAAUUUUUUUACAUAAUUUUGUUUUUAGCCAAGCUCCUGUUAUUCUCUGAAACACAAAUCAUUUAAUUUAAUAAAUAGAACUAAUCGAAGUUUUGAAUGAGCAUCCAAAUGACGUGCUUUUCCAUGGGAACAAUUUGUGUUUGACGGUUGGCUCCCUUUAAAUUGUAAAAUAUAUUCCCUUAUUGUAGUAUUGUAGGUGUAUAUUAAUUUUCUUACUUUACAUAGUAAACUAAAUAUGCUCGUAGGAGUUGCAAAUAUUCCUUUUGUAUAACACAUACAAUAAAUAUUUGUAUCGUAACUCUAUAACAUUAUGUUGUUUGUAGCCAAGCUCCUGCAUCCUCUGAAGCACAAUGUUGUAGCAACGGCUAGAAAAAAUAGAACGGUUACCCCCAGAUAAAUCCAUAACACCUACAGCUGUUAAUCACGGAAACCUUGAUUUCGCGUUUGGAAAGGCAGCCAAUGAACACGAUAUCUAUGUGUAUUCAAUGCAAGCAUAUCCACAUCAACAAGAUCUCACAACUGAACCCGUUAGAGACGCGAUUAAAGAAUCUUCUGAUCUUAUUCCGCCCAGAAUCCUUCAAAGUGUACAUGGCUUUUUCAAUCUGAAGCUUGACCACCCAACAAGGCUGAAUUUAUGCGCUUCUUGGGACAAAAAUGCCGUAA